AUGGUCGACGUCAUUCUCUCGUAUGGCGUGGUGGGUCGCUUGCUUCCAACGCAAUCACGAAGACUCGACACCUCGAAAUCAAUUCCGACUGGAUGGACCAUGGAGGUCACUUUGAAAGCUGACUGCAGGAGUCCUGCCGCAUCCCCAGUUUUUGGCCCCAGCGCAGGCGCUACUUGCUACAGUACUCUACUGUACGCUGCGUACAUAUAG